AUGAGUUCUCCUACACCUACCCAAAAGACCAUCGCGGAUCGCCCACAACGAUCGAAGCAGCGGGUCUCGAUGACGUGGGCGGAAGAAGAUGGUCCGAAAACGCGUGCCCUCAGGCUUUCCCAGCAAUACAUAGAGACGAAGACGAUCACGACUACAACGACUACAAAAAAAACGUAUUCUCCCAUCCCGAUCCCAGAACCACAAAUGCUCGACCCCAAAGAAUACCCGCUCGCUGCACACCCGACGCCCAUGUUCCUGAAAAUUUUCUCGUCCACAUAUACUAUUCCUGAGGGAUCUCAAAACAAUAGUCAAAUAUGGUCUUCGCUUGGCGGCUCGGGAGCCGAUGGAAACUCCUCUCAGCAUCGGUUAGAAAAUGUCGACUACACCGAGGAGCCAGCAGUCGAGAGUGGUGGUUCUUUUACCCCUUCGUUUAUCCAGCGACGCCCGCAGCCCAAACGGCCUCGAAGAUCUAGCAGUCGGUUCGAGUCUCUCAACAACAGCCCUUUGCCGAGAAUCAUGGGGGGACCUGCCAUGUUUAUUUCCGACUCUAAUGAGCUUUUUCGUCGUGCACUAGCAAAAGGACAACGCUUUCAACGCUCUCCCCGGAUGGAUACAGAUUAUUUGGCAACACCUGAUGAGGCGGAAAGGGUUAGCGGUGACUUUGAUCAUGAUGCCCCGCCGCUUCAUCUUCCAAACACCACGGAAGCUGAGACAAGCCAGUCAACCGCUUAUGAUGACGCAGAGAGCCAGGCUGGAAGCGAGACUCAGACCGUCUUCAGCGCGGUUGCCACGCCCCCCGUUACGGACGCCGAACUUCAGCCCGCUGCCGAUUAUGAUGAGCCUCUUCAACAAACGGUUAGGGGACUGCACGCGAGCCACGCCAUUAGUGCAGUAGCUGCACAAGACGCCAGUUUGCCUAGUCCGCGCCUAUCGCCUACGCUUGCUGCGGCUCAGCUACAGCUAGUUCCUUCGGAUGACGAGGGUGCCGAUGACGAGGUCACAGCCUCUACUAAUGCUUUUGGCCGUGGCGGCCCGAGUCAGUGGCUAGACGGGACUCAAAGAACCGGCGAUGCGGACGCUGAGAUGGUCGAUGACUCGCUUGCUCUAUCACCAGCUCAGUGUGAUCCUACCAUCUCCCCGUCUCAGCUCGACGGAGCCUAUCAGCAUGCCCUGAUGAAGCCCGACAUCAUGAUCGACAGCUUUGAUGCGAUGACUCCCCAAAUGAAGUCUUGGAUGAUAUAUCAACUUUUGCGUCGGUGCCCCAGGAAGACUCUUCAGGCGGUUGCUGAUGUUGUCAACCCAGCCUUGAAGUGUGAUUUCUUCCGACGUCUUCCCACCGAACUCAGUCUCCAUAUUCUCUCCUACCUGGAUCACCGCGAUCUUUGCCGGGCAGCACAAGUAUCAAAACAGUGGCGCAAUAUCGUGGAUAGCAACGAGACAGGUUGGAAGGAGCUGUUUGAUCGGGAUGGCUUUCAACUUGCUCCUGGCGAACUUCAAAAGGCCAUCGCUCAAGGGUGGGGCUGGCAGGAUCCCGUUGGCGCGUUGGAAGGCGAGGUCGACCUGAGCCAGCAUUCCAGACUGACAUCAAGCGAGUCGGAACUGUUCAAGUCCGCAGUCAAGUCUGAGAAAUCAGAUAAGGCUGACUCCAGCCCUACCCCCAAGAUAAGGUCUUCGAAGCGUAAGCGUAACGCAGGCCACACGAACACUGAAAGAUCCAAGCGCCGUGUCAGCUUCCAGGACUUCAGAGAAAGGUUUCACCAGACACACAGGUCGGAGGGUCCCAUGUCAGCCGCUAAUGCCGCAGCUGUGGCCGUUCCAGACCCCCAGAUUGGGCUUCCAAGCCUACGUCGGCUUCACCUUUACAAGUCUCUGUACAGGAGACACUACAUGAUUCGCCAAAACUGGACCAGCGGGAAGGUUAGGCCCAGUCACGUUGCCUUUGCGGCGCACCCUCGACAUGUCAUAACAUGCCUGCAGUUCGACGAGGACAAAAUCAUCACCGGUAGUGACGACACGCUGAUCCAUGUCUACGAUACCAAAACCGGCAAGUUGCGUACGAAACUCGAGGGCCACGAAGGCGGAGUCUGGGCUCUCCAAUACGUCGGAAACACCCUGGUUUCGGGUAGUACCGAUCGGUCUGUCCGUGUCUGGGAUAUCCAAAAGGGUAUUUGCACUCAAACAUUCUAUGGACAUACGUCCACCGUCCGUUGUCUGCAAAUCCUCAUGCCGACGGAGACCGGGGAAGUGAAAAACGGCGAGCCGGUCAUGAUGCCAGAGAAGCCCUUGAUCAUUACCGGUUCUAGGGAUAGCCAGCUGCGCGUUUGGCGCCUUCCAGAGCCGGGUUCUCGCCGCUACAUUAUGAACGGACCUGCGGCUAAUGAAGAAAACUGCCCGUAUUUUGUCCGUAUUCUUUCCGGCCACGCGCACUCUGUGAGGUCCAUUUCGGCUCACGGGGAUAUUCUCGUUUCGGGCAGCUACGAUAGCACCGUGCGUGUCUGGCGCAUCAGCACGGGCCAGCAACUCCAUGUUCUGUCCGGCCACAACCAAAAGGUUUACUCGGUGGUCUUGGACCACAAGCGGAACCGGUGUAUUUCCGGAUCUAUGGACAGUUUCGUCAAGAUUUGGGAUCUGGACACGGGUGCAUGCUUGUACACCUUGGAAGGGCACAGCUUGCUGGUCGGACUUCUCGACUUGCGUGACGAAAAGUUGGUCUCGGCUGCGGCGGACAGCACACUGCGCAUCUGGGACCCCGAGACUGGAAAGUGUAAGCACACCCUCAUGGCUCACACCGGAGCGAUCACGUGCUUCCAACAUGAUGGCCGAAAAGUCAUCUCUGGAAGUGAGAAAACCGUCAAAAUGUGGGAUGUUCAAACAGGCGAAUGCAUGCAGGACCUCUUGACAGAUCUUAGCGGGGUCUGGCAAGUAAAGUUUGACGAAAGGCGGUGCGUUGCAGCGGUGCAGCGUGGCAAUUUGACUUAUAUUCUUGAUUUUGGGGCUGUCCGAGACGGAGCUCCGCCCGAGGAACUCGGCAAGCGUAAGCUCCUCAAUGAGGCAGAAGUCCAACAACUUUUGCUUGCAGAAGGCGAAUGA